AUGGAUAAGAGUUGGAUGACAGAGCAUAGAACUUCGAAAAAGUAUAUGGACGGUGUUAAAUCUUUCGUGGAAUUUGCAGCAGUAAAUACUAAGACACCUGGGUUCAUGUUGUGCCCAUGUAAGAGAUGUUGCUUUCGCAAGACACUACGACAACAAGUUGUUCAUGACCAUUUGACGUCGGGGGCGGGAAUUUUGCAAGGUUACACCGAUUGGUAUAUGCAUGGGGAAAACAUUAGCACACCCAUUCAUAGGGAGCCGAGUCAUGUAGGCUAUAGUGUGUCACCCGUUGAUGAGAUGUCAACACAUGAAGGGUCAACAACUGGAAUGCAUGCCAUGUUGCAUGAUGUCUUCACUAUGCACGAUUCUCGAGUAGACGUGGAUCCCACUGAAGUGGAAGAAGAUCUUGAGGGUCCCGAUGAGAAUGCUAGGAAGUUCUAUGAAAUGCUUAAGGAUGCUGAUAAGCCCCUCCAUGAUAACACAAAACAUAGUAAAUUGGGGGCCAUUGUACGUCUCUAUAGUUUGAAGUGUAUGGGUGGAUUGAGUAAUGCGUUGUUCACCUUUUUGCUUGAAUUUAUCAAUGAGUUGAUUCCAACCGAAUCACCAUUGCCAAAAGACACAUAUGAAGCGAAAAAGUACAUGAAGGACUUGGGACUUGAAUAUCAGAAGAUCCCGUGUUGCCGUAAUGGUUGUAUGUUAUUUUGGAAGGAGUCCGAGAAUUUAGAAAACUGUACAACAUGCAAAAUGUCUAAGUGGAAGGAAGAUAAUGGUAUGAUUGAUGGGACGUCUCGAAAGCCAAAAAAAAAGCCAGCGAAGGUCUUGCGAUGGUUUCCAUUGAUACCUAGGUUACAAAGGUUGUUUAUGUCACAUCAUACAGCAUCGCACAUGCAGUGGCAUGCUAACGAGCGCACAAAAGAUGGUGUCCUAAGGCAUCCGGCCGAUGGUGAAGCUUGGAAGACAUUUGAUGAACGGUAUCCUGAUUUUGCCUCAGAACCACGCAAUGUUAGGCUUGGCCUAGCGUCAGAUGGAUUUAACCCUUACGGAAACAUGAGUACUUCCCACAGUAUUUGGCCAGUUAUGUUGGUAACAUACAACUUUCCUCCUUGGAUGUGUAUGAAACAACCUUAUUUUAUGUUAUCCUCAAUUAUCCCAGGUCCAAGAGCACCAGGAAUGAAUAUAGAUGUAUACCUACAACCUCUAGUACACGAAUUGAUGGAAUUGUGGGAUGUCGGUGUUACUACUUAUGAUGUAUCAUCGAAGAAGAAGUUUACGAUGCGUGCAACAUUGAUGUGGACAAUUAAUGAUUUUCCCGCAUAUGCCGAUUUGUCUGGAUGGAGUACAAAAGGCCCUCAUGCAUGUCCCUGUUGUAUGGAUUCAACUCAUUCUAUCUGGUUAACUUAUGGGAGAAAAUAUUGUUAUAUGGGGCAUAGGAGAUGGCUGCAUAAGGAUCAUAGGUGGAGAAAGAUGAAGAAAUCUUUCGAUGGUACAAAAGAAGCGGGAACAAAGCCUGUGACGCCAAAUGGUGAUGAGCUAAUGAGACAGUUAGAGGGUGUAGAAUCUUUGUUUGGGCACUCUAUGGGCAAAAGACCAAGAACUGAUUCCUCGAUCAACAAAGAGAAAAGUAUUUGGAAGAAGCAAAGUAUUUUCUUCAGACUCCCCUACUGGAGACAUAACUUGUUGCGUCAUAACCUUGAUGUAAUGCACAUUGAAAAAAAUGUGGUUGAUAAUAUUCUUGGAACGUUGUUGGACAUGAAGGGGAAAACAAAGGACAACGACGAAGCACGUAUGGACCUUCAAAAAAUGAAUUUAAGACCUAAUCUGCAUCAGGUUACCACAGAGCAAAACAAGACAUACUUUCCCUCUGCUUGCUUCACAAUGUCUAAGGAGCAGAAAUAUAACUUUUUAAAGGUCAUACAGGAUGUAAGAGUGCCAGAUGGGUACGCUUCAAAUGUGUCACGUUGUGUUAAACUCAAGGAACAUACUAUGGGAGGGAUGAAAAGUCAUGACAGUCACAUCCUCAUGCAACAACUGCUGCCGGUUGCCCUACGCGGUUCCUUACCAAAGAAUGUUGUAGAACCUUUGAUACAGUUGUCUGGGUACUUCAGGGAGAUAUGUUCCAAAACAAUGCGGUUAGAGGAUUUGGAUCGUCUUGAGUCUCAGAUCCCCAUCAUAUUAUGCCAACUGGAACAAAUAUUCCCACCGGGCUUUUUUACCUCGAUGGUGCAUGUUGUUGUACAUCUAGCUACUGAAUGUAAACUAGGUGGACCGGUCCACUUUAGAUGGAUGUAUCCUGCUGAGAGGUGCCUUCAUCAAUACAAAUGUAGCGUUCGCAACAAAGCUGCUCCAGAAGGCUCUAUUGCAGAAGGGAUGCACCUACAGAUUCUAAGGGUUUCUCACGAUGGAUCUGAAAAGGAUUUGCAAAAUAAGCAUGUACAAGAAUUUUGUGACUGGUACCUGGGUUAUGUUGACAGCUUGGAUGAGGUACACAGAAAUUAUUUGGGGUCCAAGCUUGUUUGGCAUGCAAAAGGACCUAUGCAAUCCGCUGUCUCAUUUAACCGAUAUGUCACUAAUGGCAUGAUGUUUCGGACUUUGGCUCAUGAUAUUGGAAAGAGAACUCAAAAUAGCGGAGUAAGUGUGUCCACAAUAGAUGGCCCGACCUACUACGGCAAGCUAACUAACAUAAUUGAAGUGCAAUAUUAUGAUGGGACUCGAUAUGUGAUGUUCAAGUGUGAUUGGGCGGAUAUAAAAAAAGAUAAGGGGUACAAGGAGGAUGGAUAUGGUAUAGAAUUAGUGAGCUUCAAACGCCUGAUACACACGGGAGAGAGGAUAAAUGAUGAACCCUUUGUAUUAUCUUCUCAGGUAUCACAAGUCUAUUAUGUUGAGGAUCCAAGGCACCCAGAUUGGGCUGUUGUUGUUAAGACAAAACCACGAAAUGUAUACGAUGUCGGCCAAGGGGAGGGUCUUGACGAUGAUGUUGGGGACUACCGUGAGAACGUGCCUUUCAAUCUGAACAUGCUCCAAGAAACGAAUGAUUUUGGCAAUGAUGACGUUGAUUGCGCUCAAAAUGACGUAGAUGUCACUGAAGUGGGAUUGUAG